GACCGCUGAGAUGUUGUGAAUGUGUCAAGAAUCUGUUCAGCCUCCGAGCGCUACCCCAAAUUACUGGUAUUCCUACUUUAGAGUCGUAUUUCAGAAUAUACUAUGCUCUCUUGUUGGUGUCGUUGCUAGGUCGGUAAAAACCUGUCCAGUUAUGAGUAGUAAAGUAGAUUAGUAUUAUGUGGGAUUCCGAAACUGUUAUGCGUUUGCGUUCACCGUGCGCCACGAGCCUGCCGCGUGUUGGAUUGUGUCGACAUCAGUUGGAGCACUGUCCACGGUGCUGAAAGUCAAGAGUCUUACCCUAAGUGGCGAACAGAGGCAGUUGAGGCGUUCCCGGGUACAUGUAUAUGCAACUCAAAUCUUGAGAUGACGCGGAAAAGGCUGCACUUUGUAGCUGUAUGGGGAUUCUUCGCGUGGGAAAUAGCUGUGUUGCUAAGUCUGGUGGCGUCUAAAGAGCCAGAGAGUCCUCGGGGGAGAGCAGUGCAUCCUCCGUCACCCUCCGACUUCUUGGACAAACUCAUGGGGAGAACCUCUGGCUACGAUGCCAGAAUUAGACCCAACUUUAAAGGUCCUCCUGUGAACGUAUCAUGCAACAUAUUCAUCAACAGCUUUGGCUCCAUAGCUGAGACUACAAUGGACUACAGAGUGAACAUCUUCCUCCGUCAAAAGUGGAACGACCCCAGGUUAGCGUACACAGAGUACCCUGACGGUUCUCUGGACCUGGACCCCUCUAUGUUGGAUUCUAUCUGGAAACCUGACUUGUUCUUCGCCAACGAGAAAGGGGCCCAUUUCCACGAAGUCACCACAGACAACAAGCUGUUAAGAAUAUUCAAGAAUGGCAACGUCCUCUAUUCUAUACGAUUGACAUUAACCCUCUCCUGUCCGAUGGACCUGAAGAACUUCCCCAUGGACGUGCAGACGUGUAUCAUGCAGCUAGAGAGCUUUGGCUACACAAUGAACGACCUGAUCUUUGAGUGGCAGGAGAAUGGACCAGUCCAGGUAGCUGAUGGGUUGACCCUCCCACAGUUCAUAAUGAAGGAUGAGACGGAUCUGAGAUACUGCACCAAGCACUAUAACACAGGGAAGUUCACGUGUAUCGAGGUGCGAUUCCACCUGGAGAGACAGAUGGGCUAUUACCUGAUCCAGAUGUACAUCCCCUCUCUCCUCAUCGUCAUCCUCUCCUGGGUCUCCUUCUGGAUCAAUAUGGACGCCGCGCCCGCCAGGGUGGCGCUGGGCAUCACCACCGUGCUCACCAUGACCACCCAGAGCUCCGGUUCUAGAACGUCUCUACCUAAGGUGUCCUAUGUGAAGGCCAUCGACAUCUGGAUGGCGGUGUGUCUGCUCUUUGUAUUCUCCGCUCUGCUCGAGUACGCCGCCGUCAACUUUGUCUCCAGGCAACACAAGGAACUCUUAAGACUCCGCCCGCGGAGAACGAAGAAGAAGGACGACGACGUGAGGGAGAGCCGCCUGAGCUUCACCGCCACGACCGGCGGUGGCGGCGCAGCGGUCAAGGACGGCACCAUCCCCAAGGCCACCAACAACGCCGCCAGCACCCCGGGCGCCACAGGGCCCCAGCCCGCCCAGCAGCCCAAGAAGGACCCGGCCGCCAAGAGCCACGAAGAGAUGAGAAAGCUGUUCAUCGACCGCGCCAAGAAGAUCGACACGGUAUCGCGGGCGGGUUUCCCCCUGGCCUUCCUGUUUUUUAACAUUUUCUACUGGGUCCUGUACAAGAUUCUCCGGGCUGAGGAUGUGCACAAGGACUAGUACAGAACACUACAGUACAGUAGGGUUCAGUACAGUACAGUACAGUAGGGUACAUUACAGUACAGUACAGUAGGGUACAUUACAGUACAGUACAGUACAAUGACACAUGGGGAAAGUAGACUCCGGUCCCUCCUCACAAUGUGGGAACUGUUUCACAUUAACAUUUGGCAGUUCACCAACUACCUGGGGUUCCAAAACAAAGCCCUGCCAAGGUUUUAAAAAAGAGGAUUAAGGAGAUGACUUACACUCGGGAGAUGAACUGAGUAUUUACAGAGCAGAGUUAUGUCCGUAUCACCCAACAACAACAAGAGAGGACAGACACCGUGCUCACUAUGCAACUGGAGACCAGUUUGGAGUAUCGGACGAGUCCCACUUCACCAUCCCACACAAUGUGCAGUCAGAACAGGAGCAAUGCUUUUAUUCACCUCUGCAAACCCUCUGUCACGAACACACACACACACACACACACACACUUGUGUCUUACAGCUUUACUGCCAAUGUUCUAUUACAGUACAGUUUCCAUACAACACUGGUAAACAAGUGAAAACUUCCAGUACACUCAAGUCCUUUGUAGAUUUUCCACCAGAUUAUAGUGUAUCUUUAUUACAACCAUCAGAUGUUUGUUAUAAUUCUCAGACAUAAAAAGCUGCCACUUUGACACAUUUCCAACUCACUAUUGUGGGUUAAAUGUCCCGUCCCUAGUGCUACUCAUCACGUACAGAAACGUAAUUAACCUCUUUGUGACUUUGUUGAGUGAUUCAACUCCCCAGGUCCACACUCAGCACAAACUCAACUACGGUGUUAACAUGUUUUUUUUCUUACCUUCGUUUCCUUCAUUUCCUUAUUUCCACAAAAUGAUGAUUCACUGUUCCGUUCACUCGGUCAAACAAACCACUGCCGAAACACUCAAGUCAAACAGGGGUCAAAAUAUGUGAAAGCAUCCACCUUAAAUUACCUAGAAUCUCAACACAAGCUAACAAAGGAUCGACCAAAGAGGUAACCUACUGAGAAAAACUAAAUGAACAACAUGAAAAUAGAAUAUAAAAAGAGAGAUUUGAUACCGAUGUAGUCGCCAUGAAUCCCCACUGUGAAUUUGGAAGGCUGAGGAUAUCAUUAAAGUAACUGCCGAGUUUUUUUCCAGAUUUCAAUUAACCAUGACCUAUAAUUUCUUACGAUGGGAGUGAAAUGGUUUUCUUUGUUUAAUGUUUUUAAUGAAGUAUGUUUUUUUUUUAAAAGCCGGUUUUCUGUGUUUGAAGUGUGUGGACGUACCCCAACAACAGAAUGGUGUGGGCGUAUAACAAUAUUAACUUAAGUAGACCGCUGAUCAGGGAGAUGACAUGUUCUAUGAGGAAAUGGCAAGCAUUUUUUUAAACGGUCUGUUUGAGAUACAAGUUUGAGGUGGGGUUUUUGAAGUGUUUUUUUUUCUUCUCCAAUGUAUGCUUUGGUCACGUACACGUGUAGGAUGAGCCAGCAACAUUAUAUGGAAAUAACAGAAUAUGAACUUUUAAAAGGGAGAUUUUCACUGGGCAGUUACUUUAACAGUAUAUAGCCAUAAUACUAUACACAGCCUGAAUCAGGCCUUUCACUUCUUGGUUUACAACUUGCCUUUCAAUAUAAUCUUUAUUUGAUCAUGAAUUACCAUUGCUCUGGUGUCACUAAGCAUAUCACUCAGAAACUUGUGUUGGUCGCGGUACACAACCCUGGGGAGCACCAUCACAAUUAAGUUAUAACUGAUCUAAGUUCAGUAUCCAGAGUACUAAUAUUUGAAUAGUUACAUGUAUGGGAUAUAUGACUUUUAAAUGAAAGGAAUUCACACUCUCCAUAAGUUGGGGGGUAAAAGUGCAUGUAUAAAGUUGAAGAAAGAAUUUAGAAUAGAUUGUAAUUGUUAUGUUGAAGUAACAUUUUAUUUAACUAUAUUUAAAAAAUAAUUAUAGAAAUGAGGGGUUGUUUACUUUGUACGGUAUGUUGAUAUACUGAAAUUAUUAUCAACAACAGACAAUGAACAGACAAAUUAUCAGAAUAUCGGACAAAUGGACAAUGAUUCAGUCGUAUCCUAUUCUUGUGUUUGAUCAAACCUGAUGACACACAGAGACAGUAUAAAACUGCAGUGUAAAGACCUGACCCAAUUUUAAGCUGACUCAUAAUGGAGAAGACAAUAAAAUAAAUAUAUUUAUGGAUACAUACAUGCAAUAUAUCAAUCUCCUCUCCUUUUUCUAUAUGGUUGAUGGGUUCUUGUACUCCAAGACUGUUGUGAUGUUUUUUGAAAGAUAUUUGGUAAGGCAUUUCCAGAAUUUUACACUAUUUAAAAACAACUACUGAUUCAAUCUCUGAAGAGAUACUGUGCCAUAUACUUUUGGUAGUAAAAACAUAUCUAUACUCCCACAUUCCUUCAUAAAGUGACAAAGCUUUCAUAUAGUUCUACAGAUUUGAAUACCACUUAAUACCACUAUUAGUAUUUGACACAGUUAUACACAAUGUGAAUGAUGAAUUAAUAUAUGUUUCAUGUACAUUUCUAUUGCAAGUGUAUUUAAAUACUUUAUUUUGUACCAAAAAAAUGACAGUAUUAUUAAAUGUUAGAUGCAUGAACUGAAUUCAAUAUCAAUAGAUUUAUUUUUGAACUUGUGUUUGACCUGUGUUUUAGUUGCUGCUGUGAUGAUGAGAAGAACACAUGUGCUUUUUUUUCCCAUUAUAAUGUACAUCUGUAAAUACUUUUCAUAAAUCUAAUAAAGGUCCUUUGGAGAGAAACAAAAAGAUUGA